AUGGUGAAACGGCAGAAUAGAGCUGUCACAAAGCAAAGAUGUAAGGAGAAGUGGGCUACUAAAGGUGACUUGAAUACGAAGUAUUAUCAUGCCUCAGUCAAGUAUAAUAGAGCUAGAAAGCAAAUUACCAAGCUGAGGGAUGAAAAUGGCCAAGAUCAUUUUUCGGAGGAAGCCAAGGGUGAAGUAGCCAGUGAAUACUUUAGAAAUCUGUUCAAGUCUACCAAUGGCGGGGAUUUCUCUCAGUUGUUUGAAGGGUUCUCGAGUCGUGUGUCGCCUAGUAUGAAUGAGUCCUUAUCUAAGGAAGUGAGCAAUGAAAUGAAGAGUCGUGUGACUUUGGAAGUUAAUGAUUUCUUUUCGUCCGGUACAUUCCCAUCUGAUUGGAAUUUCACUCAUCUCUGUUUAUUGCCGAAAAUUGAUGAUCCGAUCUUCAUGUCUGACCUGAGACCUAUCAGUCUAUGCUCAUUUCUAUACAAGAUCAUCUCAAAGAUUAUGGUUUCUAGGCUGAAGCCAUUGAUGGCAGAUAUCGUGUCUCCAACGCAGUCUGCUUUCGUGGAAGAAAGACUUAUAACUGAUAAUAUCCUCAUUGCACAUGAGGUAAUUCAUGCGUUGAAAACCAAUGAGCAGAUGUCGUCGGGGUUUAUGGCAAUCAAACCAGACAUGUCGAAGGCUUUCGACCGUGUUGAAUGGGGUUACCUGCGUGCUCUGCUUCGAGCAUUAGGGUUUGAAGAGAACUGGAUUGAGAAGAUAAUGUUUUGUGUGUCAACGGCAGUAGAGAAUGGGAGCAUACAUGGAAUUCAAUUCUCAGAGGAAGGUCCGAUGAUUCAUCAUAUGUUGUUUGCGGACGACUGUUUACUCAUCUGCAAAGCGUCGUCGGAGCAGUUAAUCAAUGUUGCAAAAUCUGCCAUCACUUUUGGAGUCAAGGUCAAAGACAAUAUCAAAGCUGAGAUCAAGCAAAUCACAGGAAAUCCUUAUCAAGCAGUGGCAAUGGCAAUGCCUGUAUACGCCAUGUCUUGUUUUAAACUAACCAAGACAUCUUGUGAUAAUCUCACCAAGGCCAUGGCAGAUUUUUGGUGGAAUUCUUUGGAGCAUAAAAGAAAGAUGCAUUGGUUAAGCUGGACCAAACUUUGCCUGGCAAAAGAACAAGGAGGUCUUGGGUUUAAAGAUAUUCAGAGUUUCAACCAAGCUCUUUUGGCUAAGCAAGCAUGGAGAAUCUUAAACCAUCCUGACUCGUUGCUCGCGUGGUUUUUAAAAGCAGGUAUUUCAAAAGUACAGACUUUCUCUCGGCUAAGAAUGGUCCAAGACCUUCUUAUGCUUGGCGUAGCAUUCAGUUUGGGAAAAUUUGCUGAGACAGGGUCUAAGAAAGCAUAUAGGAAAUGUGAGACGGUAUCAGUUUGGGUGGAUCGCUGGAUUGAAGGCAAUGAGAGAAGGGCUCCCCUCAUGAAGAACAUUUUUGUCGACCUGUUGCUUAAGGUCAGUGAUCUGAUAGACCUUCAGAACAACUGCUGGAAUAUGGAAAAGCUUCAAGAGUUGUUUUAUCAGGAAGAUAUCGAUAGGAUUAUGUCUAUGAAAACAGCUUUUGGGGAAGAAGACUAUUGGGUAUGGGUGCAUAAUAAAAAUGGCAGCUAUUCGGUGAAAUCGGGCUAUUGGUUUAUCACAAUCUGUGCAGAAGAGAAGAGAUCAGAGAAGCGGAAUCUCGUCCUUCACUGA